GGCUGCGCCGCCGGCCCGCCCCCGCCUCCCAAGGAAGGGUGCCCGGGAGCGAGCGGGCUCGGUGGCAGAGCCUCGUCCCGUGAAGCUGGGCGGGGAAGGGGUCGGGUGGAGCGUUACCUCGGUGGUGCCUGAGCUAGAGAGUGGGUCAGGCAGCAGCAGGGCCGCGAUCCCCGCUCCCGGAGCCGCUGGUCGCCACGCAGCCUCCCCCGAGGUGGAACGCGGGUGUCCGGUGUUGCCCCCUCCCCGGUGACCUGGGACUGGCCGGGACAGAGGCUGACUCGCUCGGACUACAACUCCCAGCGUGCUCUGCGGCCGGCGCGGUGACGUCAGACGCCGUGCUCUCUUUAGGCCACUUGUACCCGGAUGUAGGUCCCUUUCCCUCCCCGGAAGAUGGCGGGUGAGAAGGCAGCCAGUGAGAAAAAGCCCAAGAAGAAGACGGGUGAGAAGGCGCCGGCUGCGCCGAAGGCAACCCAGAAGGAUGCGGGCGAGAAGAAGAAGAAGGUGAAGAAGCAUCAUGCCAGCCGCAACCCUGUCCUGGCACGGGGGAUCGGGAGAUACUCCCGGUCAGCCAUGUAUGCCAGAAAAGCACUGUACAAGCGCAAGUACACUGCUCCAGAAACAAAGAUAGAAAAGAAAAAGAAAGAAAAGCCACGUGCGACCAUCACCAAGCCAGUUGGUGGGGACAAGAAUGGAGGCAGCCGUGUGGUUAAAAUCCGCAAAAUGCCCAGAUACUAUCCCACUGAAGAUGUUCCUCGCAAGCUUUUGAGUCACGGCAAAAAGCCCUUCUGCCAGCACAAGAGGCGGCUGCGAGCCUCCAUCACCCCAGGAACCGUCCUGAUCCUGCUGACCGGGCGUCACAGAGGCAAGCGUGUCGUCUUCUUGAAGCAGCUUGGAACUGGCCUUUUGCUUGUUACAGGACCCUUGGCUGUCAAUCGUGUCCCUCUGCGUAGGGCCCAUCAGAAAUUUGUUAUUGCUACAUCUACAAAGCUUGAUAUCUCUGGAGUGAAAAUUCCCAAGCAUCUCACUGAUGCCUACUUUAAGAAGAAGAGGCUGCGUAAGCCCAAGCACCAGGAAGGCGAGAUCUUUGACACCGAAAAAGAAAAAUACGAGAUAACAGAGCAACGCAAGACAGACCAGAAGGCAGUGGAUUCGCAGAUCCUCGCGCGAAUCAAGAAGGUGCCUCAGCUCCGUGGGUACCUGCGUUCUACAUUCUCUCUCUCAAAUGGAGUCUAUCCUCACAAACUGGUGUUCUAACUGUUCUGAAAGCACCAUAUUAAAUUUGAAGGGAAAAAAGAAA